AUGUAUAUGCCUGUGACAAUUGGAUUUGAAUAUUUUUGGCGAAUAAACGUUGCAGCGAAAGCGUUGAAACUGGUAGAUGACAAAAGCUUAAUUGCAGAUAGUGUUGGAAUGGAAAUCUCAAUUGAUUGUCUUUUGCAGCUGCUGCCUGUAAUGGCCUCCAGAACAACUGGAACUCUGGUUUUGGUGUGUCUGUUAUGGCUUUUCUUCCUCUGCGCCACCAUUGCUUUCUUUCAGCUUCACUUGGUAGACAACAGGAACAACAACCCAUCCUCUCGCAGUAAAUUCAUCUCAACUCAACAGCGCUCUGCUACCCCUUUGGGACAGGAUUUGGAGGGUGUCACUCACAAGGUGUAUUUUGAUAUAGAGAUCCAUGGGAAAUUAGCGGGUCGCAUAGUCAUUGGCCUUUUUGGGAACACAGUUCCGAAAACUGUAGAAAACUUUCGAGCGCUUUGUACGGGAGAGAAAGGAAUGGGUAGAAGUGGGAAAUCUCUUCAUUAUAAAGGGAGCACAUUCCAUAGGAUUAUACCAAGCUUUAUGGUCCAGGGUGGUGAUUUCACCCGUGGUGAUGGAAGAGGUGGAGAAUCAAUCUAUGGUGAUAAGUUUGCUGAUGAAAACUUCAAGCUGAAGCAUACUGGACCAGGAUACUUAUCUAUGGCAAAUUCUGGGCAAGACACCAAUGGCUCCCAAUUUUUCAUAACCACAGUUAAAACCAGCUGGCUGGAUGGACGUCAUGUUGUAUUUGGGAAGGUACUUUCUGGUAUGGAUGUUCUGUACAAGAUUGAAGCAGAAGGAAGUGAAAGUGGCUCGCCUAAGAACAAAGUUGUCAUAUUAGACAGUGGAGAAUUAACUUCAUGA